AACUGGAGAUCACAGAGUCUCACUCAGCAGCAAGACAGGAUGGAACUCACACCACUCUGCUGGCAGCUCUUGCUGUUGAGUACACUGGUAUACUCUACCCUCGGACAAGGUGGAGCCUAUCUGAGCAUCAGUCCGGAUAGAUCUCAGUUCUUUAAAUAUAAGUCUGUCUCUCUGAGCUGUGAGGUUCAGGGGAACUCUGCUGGAUGGAGACUGAAGAGAUACACAGUCUAUGGGGAGCGUUCAGAUUGUGGAAGAAAAUGGGGAAAACAACAAGGGUCUUCAUGCAUCGUGUCACUAAUGCCAUCAGACAGUGGAGUGUACUGGUGUGAGUCUGGGUCUGGAGAACACAGCAAUACUGUCAACAUCACAGUACCUGUUCUCUUUAAUCCAGCGUCUCUGAGCGUCAGUCCUGACAGUUCUCAGUUCCUUAAAUAUGAGUCUGUCUCUCUGAGCUGUGAGGUUCAGGGGAACUCUGCUGGAUGGAGAAUGAAGAGAUACACAGCCUAUGGGGAGCGUUCAGAUUGUGGAAGAAACUGGGGAAAACCACAAGGAUCUUCCUGCAUCGUGUAUCUAAUACCAUCACACAGUGGAGUGUACUGGUGUGAGUCUGGGCCUGGAGAACACAGCAAUACUGUCAACAUCACAGUACCUGUUGGUGCAGUGAUCCUGGAGAGCCCUGCCCUUCCUGUGACUGAGGGAGAUUCUGUGACUCUGCGCUGCAGAUAUCAGGGAACUCCCUCUGACCUCACAGCUGAUUUCUACAAAGAUGGAUCCCUCAUCAGGACUGAGACUACAGGAGAGAUGACCAUCCCUGCAGUAUCCAAGUCAGAUGAAGGACUCUACAAGUGUACCAACUCUGAAGGAGAAUCACCAGAGAGCUGGAUGACUGUGACAGAUGGAGCUGUGAUCCUGGAGAGUCCUGCCCUUCCUGUGACUGAGGGAGAUUCUGUGACUCUGCGCUGCAGAUAUCAGGGAACUCCCUCUGACCUCACAGCUGAUUUCUACAAAGAUGGAUCCCUCAUCAGGACUGAGACUACAGGAGAGAUGACCAUCCCUGCAGUGUCCAAGUCAGAUGAAGGACUCUACAAGUGUACCAACUCUGAAGGAGAAUCACCAGAGAGCUGGAUGACUGUGACAGCAGUCCCAGUGUUGUCCAUGUCUCUACCCAGGCUUCUGUGUAGUCUACUGCUGGGGUCUCCCUACCUGCUGGUGACCAUCAUACUGCUGGUGAAAUGCUGCAGGAGCAGGACUCAAGGUGAUCGUGUUGAAGAAGAGUGAGGCUGAGGUCACCUGAUCACCAUAACAACCAUCAGAAUGGAACUCAUGGAAUUCUAAUAUAGAACUGUGAGUCACUAUGCUGUAUGUUGUUACAUUGUAGCUCCACCUGCUGGAACAAUAGUGGCAUUUGAUCAAAUGUGAUCUAUUAACUGAUACAUGUAUUAUUCUGAUUGGAAUGUGUUUUAAUAUAAUGUGUGUUGUAUUAUUCAUUCAGCAGCUUUAACAUCAGUCAUAUACUGGUCAUAUACUGUAUAGCAUUAUGGUUGAUACAUUGUAAAUGCCUUCACUUUUCAUGUCUAUACACAUCAACUGAUAGGUGUUGAGGUUCAGGCAUUAUUGUUACAGGUUCAGUAUAAUGUUAUACCGCUACAUGUUACAGAGAUAGAAAACAUACAGGACAGGAGAAUUCAAUUAUUAUAAAUAUUAUCUUACUUUUUUCCAUUUUGGUCUCCAUAUGGUCAUUUGGUCAGCAUUAUUUGAUUUAAACAUAAACUAAUGUAGUCCUAUAAUUUAAUUAAGGUUGUUUUGUGCAAAAUUAUAAUUAUUAUAUUAAUCAUCUAGCUAAGAUAUUGCUUUUGUAUCAUAUAGAUUGAAAUAAAUGAUUUUCCUCAA